UUAUUCAUCUCUCUCUCUCUCUCUCUCUCUCUCUCUCUCUCUGUGGGAGUGAUUGCUGCAAUUUAUAUUAAACAGAGAGAAAAGUGGCUCAAUCGGCUUUUGGUGAUUUGGUUGGGGGUAGGGGGAGGAGCAAAUGGGUAGAUCCCCGUGCUGUGACAAGGUGGGAUUGAAGAAAGGGCCGUGGACACCUGAAGAAGACCAGAAGCUCCUCGCUUACAUCGAAGAGCACGGCCAUGGAAGCUGGCGUGCUUUGCCUUCCAAAGCUGGUCUUCAGAGAUGCGGGAAAAGCUGUAGGCUAAGAUGGACUAAUUAUUUGAGACCUGACAUUAAGAGAGGAAAGUUCAGCUUACAAGAGGAACAGACCAUCAUUCAACUCCAUGCCCUUCUUGGCAACAGGUGGUCGGCCAUAGCAACCCAUUUACCGAAGCGAACGGACAAUGAGAUCAAGAACUACUGGAACACGCAUCUGAAGAAAAGAUUGGCGAAAAUGGGAAUCGACCCAGUGACCCAUAAGCCUAAACAUGAUGCCCUAGUCUCUAGUGAUGGUCAAUCCAAGAGCGCAGCUAAGCUCAGCCACAUGGCUCAGUGGGAAAGCGCUCGGCUCGAAGCUGAAGCCAGAUUGGCUAGAGAAUCGAAAUUACGCUCGCAGUCAUUCCAGCAUCACCACAGCAGCGGCAACAGCAGCCAGGUUUAUCCCGAGGCUUCCGCUUCAGCUGCACCGCCCAGCCUCGUCAAAAAAGCCGCCACCCCACUGCAACCAUCGUCGCCGCAGUCUCUCGACGUCCUCAAAGCUUGGACCGGUAACUCAUGGCCGUCGACCAAGUCCGGCGAAGGUGGUGGCGGUACCGGAGGUUCAGCCAACAGGAUCGCUGGCGAUCUCGAGUCUCCUACAUCUACACUAACUUUCUCCGAGCCUAUGAAUGUGCUUUGCGAGAAUCCCAAGCAAAUGAUCGAGUUUGUGGGUGCGUCGGGGUCGUCCGACUCCGGGAUGAUCAAAGAAGAAGGUGAACAGGAGUGGAAAGGCCUCGAAAGCUCGAUUAAUUUGCCAGAGUUCAAAGAGGGUAUUGGGAACAACGCGGUCUUAUUCACAUCCACAUUCCAUGAGAUGACACUGCCCCUAGAAGGUCCAUGGACUCCGGAGUCGCUGAGGGCGACUAACUCGCAUGGUAACAUGGAAAAUAACGACAUGGAAGAGGGUUUCACUAGUCUUUUGCUUAAUAGCUCCGGCAACCAGAGUUUAUCGGACGACGGCAGCGCGCAGCGGUGAGUCCGACAAACAUAGUGAUUACUAUGAGGAUAACAAGAAUUACUGGAAUAGCAUUCUAAAUUUGGUGAACUCUUCGCCAUCCGAGUCCCCAAUGUUCUAGAAACCAUAAGUUAGUAAGCUUCACAAGUUUCUCCCUGAUGUGUGUGUGAGGGAAAACUCCUGUGCAGGUCCUUCCUUCCUCAACCCCUGCACAGCCGAGAGCCCUAAAAGUGACUUUUAAGCUGUAAUUUCAGUGAAGUGAGAAAGGUUCAUAGGAAAGGUAAAUCAUUUGGUAGCCAACAAGCUCUUAGUUGAGUCCAAAAGCUGCUUGUGGAAGUUUGUCUCUCAAGCGAAAUGUUAAUAGUUUUAAGUUCAGCCUCUCCUUCCUUCACUACUGCUUGUUUUUCUCUUCAGAACGAUGUAAGAAAACUUGACUCAGCUUCUUCUUUGGGCAAGAAAACUGAACUCAGCAGCAAAUUCUUCACCA